AGGUGAAUAAUUGAGUACAUUUAAGCCUGUACACCAUGAGGCGUAAAGAAGAUCCAAAAUUGUGUAUAAAUAUAGAUGCAAAUUCCUAAUAAUUUACAAUUUAUACUUUUGAUUUUAUUCUAUACUUAACUCAACUCAAUCAAUUGUACUCAAUAGCUCAAUAGCUCAACAAGAUGGAUCUGUCUCAAAUUAACCUUUCCGAAUUACCUCAAUACAGUCAAUGGAAAAUUACUGGUUAUGUUCAAGUUGUUUGGUUUAUUCUUAUAUUAAUUGGUGCUUUAGCUACUUAUAUUCCAAAUUUUACUGUUGUUCGUACUAAUUUUAGGGUGUUUUUAGUUUCUUUCACACUUUAUAAUAUAUUUAAAAUUGCUGGUGGUAUUACUUCAAUAAUUUUAUUUCAUAAUAAAACUUUUAGUACAAAUGUUUAUAUUGCUACUUAUGUGUUUGACUCAAUUUCUUUAGGUUCAUUAAUUAAAUGUUUAACUCCAUUUAUUCAAAUCAUGAUUAAUGAUGGAUUUCAAACUCCUCAAUAUUUUGAUAGAAACUCUCCAUUAACAAGUAAAGACAAGGAAAAAUUGGCAAAGAAAAAUCGAAUUUUCAAAUUAUUAACUGUUGUGAUUGUUGUUGCAAUUAUUCUCUCUAUUAUUGCAGCUACUCAAAUUGAUUUUUCAACUGCAACUCCAAAUUCAACUUCUAAUACUUUAUUUAAAGUAUCUUCAAUCUUAUUUUUAGCCUGUGUUAUCUUAUGUACCGUUAGUUUGAUUCAUAUUUUAACUAUCAAUGCUUAUUACAUCAAAUUUGCAAUCUUAAUUCUUAUUUGUGUCCCAUUAUUGAUUGUUAGAGUUAUUUAUUCAAUAAUUUCUUCUUUCCAUGGAAUUGACUAUACUAGUCCUUAUCUUUUAGUAUUUGGUGAUUACAGAUAUUAUGCAUUUAUGGUAUUAUUAUGUGAAGGACUUGUUGCACCACUUUAUUUGGUUACAAUGAAUUAUUUCAUCUAUAAGUUGAAGCAAGUAAACCCUCCUACUUAUGAUGCUUCUGAUGUUGAACGUGCUGAUUCAGAAGUUCAUUUUACUAAGGAUAAUUAUUAGUAGCAUCAUUGUUAUUAUCUUCAUAAUUAUCGUCAUUUGCAUAGAUUUUGUUUCUUCUUAUCUAUUGUUAGCUUCCCUUUUGUUUUUAUAAUUUAGUGAUUUAUUAUAUAUAGAGUGUUAAAUGGAAAAUAUAUUAUAUUUUAAAAUUUUUU